AUGGAUUCUCCGCCCGAAGCUCAACCGAAUGCCAAGACGAUCAGAUGUACCGGUACACUAGCGUUACUAGCUGUAGCUGAUUUCACGCAGAUCAGAGUGGGAGGAAGGAAGGGAAGGCAGGGAAGGCAGGGGAAGCAAGGAAGACAGAAAAGGCACGAAAAGGCAGGAAAGGCGGCAGAAAAGGCUUUCGUCACGUGUAAAAGUAAUCCUAUGAAAGCGAAAGCGCGACCCAGCGGAGUCAUGGAACUUACAACGGAAACUCAGGGCGAAAAGCGAAAACGUAGUCCGGAAAGUUCUGGAAGUCAGAGCCAUGGACGGAUAACACAAGCUCCUCGACUGGGCGACAAUGCAACUCCAACGGCUGCUGCGCAGAUCAACUAUUUGGUGAAAGCUAGGAGCGAUAGACUUAAACUGGUCGAGGGAGAUUCCGAAACUUUCGGAGAUGUUUUGAGCAUGUUGGACGAAUACGAAGGCGUCCUUCAACGUCGCGAAAGUCUAGCAUCUAAUCUCGGCGCCAAACUAGUUGGUCCUCUACUUUUGAAGUCAUUUGAAAAGCUUUUUGACGGCCCAAUCAAAGUCAUUCAAAGCUCCUAUGCCCUUGAACAAACGCCCAUUACUUGGUUAGAGAUUGUCUCUUUCGCUCGGAGUAAUCCAGCAGACUUCAUUCUCACCGAAUCAUUGCAUGGCGUGAAAGUUUGUCGAUUCUGGAUUAAUGGAGGGCAGAUUGAAAUAUCUGAAGACGAUUAUCGUUUGAUCAUGUCAGGUGCUCCGGAAAGGAUGAUUCCAAGUCAACCUAUGCCGGAGGAUGAGACCUCUGAGCUCGGCACUCUACUCAUUCUCGAGAAUCGUCUUAGUAUGUUGAUCAAAAAAGCUGAUGCUGUCGCAAGUCGAGCGAGACAACUCAACUACCAUUUGAAAGGAAGAAAGAAUGCUAUCCUGGCGAAAAAGUCUCCGGAACAACCUUCUGAAUCUCCUCUCUCAUUUGCAUCUCAGCCAUUUUCUGCGAUUAAUAGAAGCCGAUCACCUGCUUCCCUUAAUGGUGAGACAGCCAAGUUGCAGCAGGAUCUAUUAGAGCAAUUUCACAGCCCAAAUCGUCGCCAGUCCCUACCAUCUCAGCCAAGAUCGAAGCAACCUCGACUUCACACUUCUGAACAUACAAAUUUUCAUUCUUUCAACGGUGCACCUCAAAGUUCUGAUCAUCAGCGAGUAUCGCAGCCACCAUCUAAUUCUGAUGACGGCAUCGAAGGGCAAUAUCGAGUCUUAAUGGCUGCCAGGAUUGAGAAACUACACAAAGGAGAUCCCAUUACGCCACCAUGCGAUCGAUGCAGACGAUUAAGAUUCACGUGUACCAAGCAUAUGACUGCUUGUGCUGCAUGCACAAAGAAGCAUGCUAAGUGUUCUUGGAAGGAUGUCAAAGAUGGGGAACUUGAAGCCACAGCAUCUGCUCUAACGCAGCGAGACUCUCCAGCUGCAUCAGAAGAUGGUUUGUUAAUCGUCGAUAAGAAACAUACGCCAGAGCGAUCAAAUUUAGCAAGUACUAGUGGUGGUAUUACUACUAUUGGAGCAAGUGGAUCGAGCAGACAGGUUCCACCUCCUACUGUCGCUGCCACCUUGCAAGUCAAAUCACCGCAACAGAAACCGGAGCAAGAAAGAAGAGUAUCUGUUGAACAUACCUUAUUGGCACAGAUGGCUUCAGCAGCAGCAGCCGCUAGCAAUAUAUAA